UAAAUCAUCAAAGUGUGCUUGGACUCAAAAGCCAGUUGUAGCCUCUGAGCUUGGGGACACAUAAAUCUCCUUUUAGUUUUUUCUUUUGGUCAUCUAGGCAAAAAUUUAGCAGGGUAUCUCUCCCAAGGACGAGACAGGAUGGUGCGUGUGAUUGAGGACAUGUUCGGCAUAGCCGUCAACCCGAUGUCCCAGAAGACGGACAGGGUGCGCCGCUUUACUCUAACCACGGAGCGUGGCAUGUCCGUCUCCAUAAUCACAUUGGGAGCCACCAUACAGUCACUUAAGGUGCCGGACUUCAAUGGUAAGCUGGAGGACGUGUGCCUGGGCUACGACGAUGUGGCCGGUUACUACCGGAACCAACCGAAGUACUUCGGGGCCACCAUCGGGCGGGUGGCCAACCGGACAUCUGGUGGCCGCUUUAAGCUCUGCGGCAAGGAUGUGAGUGUGAGCCGGAAUGUAAAGGAUCGUUACCACAUGAACGGCGGCUUUGUCGGAUUCGAUAGCGUCAUCUGGGACGUGGUCGGUGUGCACAAGGACGGCAUCACGUUGCAGCAUAUCUCGCCGGACGGCCACGAAGGCUACCCUGGAGAGCUGACCACCAACAUCAACUUCUCGCUCAAUGAGACGGGCUGCUUUGGGAUGCGGAUCGAGGCGCGGACCAAGGCAACCACAGCGGUGAACAUCUCGAAUAAUAGCCACUUUAAUCUGGCCGGCCAUAAAGCCGGAAAGGAGGCGCUCUAUCAGCACAUGCUGAUGAUCAAGGCCCAGAAGAUCGUUGAUGUCGACCAGGAGCUGCUACCAACCGGCAAGCUGAUGCGCGUCCGAACCACACCGUAUGACUUCUCCAGCCUGGUCAGCCUCGGCAAGCGCCUGAACCAGUUAAUCUCCUGCCCCCUAAACGGCUUCGACAACAACUUCUGCGUGGACGUUUCCCCCAACCGCGUCGAGCUGGUGGCCCGCGUCGUUCAUCCUUGCAGUGGACGCUUUAUGGAGGUGCACACCAACCAGCCGGGCCUUCAUUUAUCCACGGCCAACAAUCUGCCGGACGAGGACAGCAACGAACCGCCGGAUACAGGCAAGGACGGUGCGAGCUACGUUCGCCAUGGAGCCUUCUGCGUGCAGACGCAAAAGUAUCCGGAUGCGCUGAACCACUGCGAUUUCCCCACGAUCGUGUUGAAUCCGGGACAGCUCUACGACCACCAGGUAGUCUAUCGGUUUGGUGCUUGUCCCAAGCGUGUUUAGAAAGGACACCAGCCAAAAUCCGAAGUGGAGUAAUAAAGGUUUUUUAAUAAUUA